GGCAGCGCCGCUGUGUUGACUUCAGGAAGCACACUAGUGCGUUGGAGGGGGGUGGCCGACUGUAAUUGUCAACCCACUGUUUUUGUCCGCGCAGAAAUCGCGAGUCACUGCGUCCUGUAUGAUAGAGAAAGUAUAAAGGUUCGGAGUUUUCCUGCACUCAUACAUACUUCAGACAAGCUCGUUUAAGUUGUAUUGGACACUACCGCAGAAUGGGUCCUGGCUAGAAUAUUCUAGAAUCGCCGGAGUGCAGCGUUUCCUGUCUUAGCAGACAGGGGCGAACUGCGGCCCGCUCGAGGUGGCGAAGCCUCGGGCUGGAGUGACCGGCCAUACCGUUCUGCGCUCACAGGAGGAGGGCGCGCGACGCCGUAGCAGCAACAUCUCUGCCGUUAACUCCGCCCUUUCAUUUAGUUCUGGGAGAGUUCUGUCCUGCAAAAUUCGCCAAGAUAGCCGGACCGGGCAGAAAGCGCCACACUCCAGAACCGGACCCCAACAGUGACACCGGCGCCGGACAGCCCGUGAGCAGCAAGUGGCUGAAGAUGGCCAGCAGUGCAGAGGUGUCGGGUCGGCGCAGAGCCCCACGUGGCACAGAGGACAGUGCUAGCAAGAAGAAGCAGAAGGACAAGGCAAAUCAGGAAAGCAAGGAGGCGAAGCGCACAGCUGGUGAAGAGGCUAAGAAAGAUGUGCAAUUUGACUGGAGGCAGAACGCAAAUGAGGUCAUUGUGAAGCUGCGCUCAGGUGAUGGCAUCUUGAAAGCUGAGGAUGUGAACGCCGGCUUCUCUGACACUGCAUGUCAGGUUAGGUUUCCAGACGGACGGCAGUGGAGCUGUCACCUCCACGCAGAGAUUGAGGGGUCUUGCAGCAAAGUGCAAUACAAGGAGAAAGGCAGCUACCUUCAAUUGGUCAUGCCCAAGAAGAUUCCCUUUAACCCCUGGCCCUCCCUCAUGCAAAACAAAAAGGAGAAAGAGCCUGUGAACAUCCAGAUAGACAACAGCAUAAAAGAGCAACCGAGGAAGCUUGAACAAGUAGAGGAGAAAUUAGACCUGGCCCAAGUCCCUUCACAGCCGCAGCUGGUGACAGAACACGCACGUAGCAAACCAGACCGUGGCAUUAAGCGCACUAUAAAGAACAAACUGUCUGACCAGAAGCCAGAAUCUGUGACAAAGGGCCCAGAGAUUACAGCCCCUGCGGCAAAGGUGGACCACCCAGUUGAGCCCUGUGCAAAACGCACAAGUCGCACGCUGAGGAACUCUAAGGACACAGGACUCGGGCCGGUGAAGGAAGGCUCUACAAGGUCACCAGCCAACAGUAGGCCUGAAGGCCGCCAGUGCCUCAGUGCACCCCAGAGCCGAGACAGACGUGUCAGGCAGUUGAGCGGCAGCCAGGGAAAUUCAUCCACACAAUUGGAAGCUGUGGCUGAGCGUAAACAGGAGAAACCUCAGGCAGUACCCUUGGAUGUAGUGGCAGGAUGGUGCCCAAGCGUCCAGGACCACUCUGAGGCUGAGGUGUUGCCUCGUGCAGAGAACCGCCCUUGUGAGGGUUCCACCGAAGGCAAGGCAACAUCGUAUGCAGAGCUGCAAGGGGAAGAACCGUUGGACUCUAGGGGGGUUAAAACUUUCCCCGUUGAAUUGGAGGCCACUUUGUUGUCUGAUGAUCUGGGGGCAGGAGAACCUCUUCCUGUGUCCCUCCCAGCAAUAGUCUGCAAAGAGGACAAGGACUCCUGCAGGACAAGCAUGGAGGAAAAGACAGAUGUUUCCAAAGAUGAGUCCUUGGAGAAGGUUCCUGAUGGUGCUCCAGAACCCAUGGUGAAUUUAACAUUUGUGAAGAGUGACUCAUAUGAGAAAGGGAACGAUUUGAUGGUGGUGAACGUUUACCUAAAGGGCAUUUGCAGAGAGACAGCGAAGGUGCUAUUUCGAGAGCAGGACUUCACACUCAUCUUCCAGACCAGUGAUGCAACCUUUUUGCGGCUUCACCCCGACUGUGGACCAAACACUGUCUUCAAGUGGCAGGUGAAACUCAGGAACCUUAUUGACCCUGACCAGUCAGUCUAUGCUUUCACUCCAUCCCGCCUAGAUAUCACACUGAAGAAGAGGCACAGCCAGCGGUGGGGUGGCUUGGAGGCACCUGCAACACAAGGUGCAGUGGGUGGCGCCAAGGUUGCUGUGCCCUCUGGGCCCGCUUCUCUUGACAAGAGCCAGCCAGGGAGCAGCCAACAUCCUCUGCCUGCAAAGGAAGAGCCACGGGCAGGGGACAAGGAGAAACCUGUCCGCUCUGAGGAUGGUGGCUUGGACACUGUGGCUGCCCGUACUGUUGUUGAUCAUGUGCCCAUUAAGCAGGAGCCCCACGUUACCACACCCAAACCCAUGUGCAUGGUGCCACCAAUGACUCAUGCACCCCCUGCAAGCAAUGAACGUGCAGAGGAAGAGGAGGAAAAGAAGGUGUGUCUCCCAGGAUUCACUGGGCUUGUUAACUUGGGUAAUACCUGCUUCAUGAACAGUGUGAUCCAGUCCUUGUCCAACACACGUGAGCUGCGAGACUACUUCCACGAUCGAGCGUUUGAGGCAGAGAUCAAUUGCAGUAACCCAUUGGGCACAGGUGGCCGGCUGGCCAUUGGCUUUGCUGUACUGCUGCGUGCCCUGUGGAAAGGGACCCACCAUGCUUUCCAGCCUUCCAAACUCAAGGCCAUUGUGGCCAGUAAGGCCAGCCAGUUCACAGGGUAUGCCCAGCACGAUGCUCAGGAGUUCAUGGCCUUCCUACUUGAUGGGCUUCAUGAGGACCUUAACCGAAUCCAGAACAAGCCCUAUACUGAGACCGUGGACUCAGAUGGACGACAGGAUGAGGUGGUGGCAGAGGAAGCCUGGCAAAGACACAAAAUGAGGAAUGAUUCUUUCAUUGUAGACCUCUUCCAGGGGCAGUACAAGUCAAAGCUGGUCUGUCCCAUUUGCUCCAAGGUUUCUAUUACCUUUGACCCCUUCCUGUACCUACCAGUCCCUCUACCUCAAAAGCAGAAGGUGCUCACAGUCUUCUACUUUGCAAAGGAGCCUCAUCAGACCCCUAUCAAGUUCCUGGUGAGUGUCAGCAAGGAGAACUCCACCACGGCUGAAGUGCUGGAGUCCAUCUCUAGAAGUGUGCGUGUCAAACCAGAGAACCUGCGUCUGACUGAGGUCAGCAAGAGCCGUUUUCAACGGAUUUUUCACUCUUCCUACCCUCUGGACAAUGUCUCUCCUUCAGAUAUGCUUUUAUGUUUUGAAGUUCUCUCCAAAGAUCUGUCCAAGGAAAAGGUGGUAGUUCUCCAGGUCCAGCAGCGGCCGCAGGUCCCAAGUCUCCCAAUUGGCAAGUGCUCUGCAUGCCACAAGCCCCCACAGGGUGAGGAUGAGAAGCUCAGACGCUGCACCCGCUGCUACCGUGUGGGUUACUGCAACCAAAUCUGUCAGAAAAAUCACUGGCCAAUACACAAAAGUGUCUGUGGCCAGAACAUAGAGUUUGUGGGCCUCCCGUUUCUGAUCAGCGUCCCGGAAUCUCGUCUUACCUACACCCGACUCACUCAACUGCUUCAAGGCUACUCCAGGUACUCUGUGGAUGUAUUCCAGCCCCCUUGCCAAUCAGGCAGAUUGUCUCCAGAAACCAGUCAAAGCCGAGUAGGCCUUUCCUCAACAAUGUCAGAGAGUCUAGACAGUAGUGGUCAGGAGUACGACACUGGACACAAGCAGGAGCAGCAAAGCUCCAGUCCAUCUCUCAGUGCUCUCACAGAGGCACGGCAGGGAGCAGGAGACGCCAUAAGUGACCUGGACACCCUGUCAACCCGUACUGCUGACUCUGGUUUCUCAGAGCCUCAACUGGACUCCCAUAAUUCUCUGACAGAGAAGGAGACGACAUGUGAAAAAGCAGUGAAGCCAGAAGCUGCAGUGACAGGAUACCAGCAUCCCGGUCCUGAGUCCGCAUCUGGCCCAGCCUCCCAGUUCUACAUCUCCUUGCUCGAUGUCUCCAGGAAGGAGCAGAAGCUAGAAGAUAAAGGUGAUGGUGUUCUGGAUAUCCCAGAUGAUUCUAUCCUGGAGCUGGUGUGGAAAAACAAUGAGCGGAUGAAAGAAUACGUGCUGGUUAAGACCAAAGAGCUGGAGUUUGUGGAGGAUGCCAGCUCAGCCAGUGAGACAGCACGAGCCGGCCACUUCACAUUGGAACAGUGCCUCAAUCUCUUCACCAAGCCUGAGGUGCUAGCCCCAGAGGAGGCAUGGUACUGCCCCAAGUGCCAGCAGCAUAGAGAAGCUUCGAAGCAACUGAUGUUGUGGCGUCUGCCCAAUGUGCUUAUCAUCCAGCUCAAGCGCUUCUCCUUCCGCAGCUUCAUCUGGAGGGACAAAAUCAAUGACAUGGUGGAUUUCCCUGUCAGGAACCUCGAUCUCAGCAAGUUCUGCAUUGGGCAGAAGGACGACAUGCAGCACCCCCCUAUAUACGAUCUAUACGCUGUCAUUAACCACUAUGGGGGCAUGAUUGGAGGGCACUAUACUGCUUAUGCUAGGUUGCCCAAUGACAAGAACAGCCAGCGCAGUGAUGUUGGCUGGCGUCUCUUUGAUGACAGCACGGUGACCACAGUAGAAGAGAGCCAGGUGGUGACUCGCUACGCCUACGUCUUGUUCUACCGUCGCCGCAACUCUCCAGUGGAGCGGCCUGUGCGCCUGCCAAGCCCCCGUGGGGCAGAGUCCCCAACUGCAGCAGGAGCCACUGCAAGCCAGGCCUCUGAUCAGGCAAUGUUUGGACCAGACCUGGACCCUGAAGGACCUCCGCAGCUGACUCCGGAAGUGACUGCAGAGUUGUUCACCCACUCUGGAGACUGUGCUACCCCCUCAUACAGCAACAUGGAGGAAGUGGAUUAGCUCUUCAUGUCUAGCACUUGACAUUGGGGGUGACCAAUCACCAUUAACCUAGAAAGUUACUUCAAAAAAGACCCUUUCAUGCUUUCUAAUUUUGAGUGCAUUGAGAAGCAGCGUGUGUCCAGUGUUCACAAUGGAAAUUAGUGUGGUAUAUUGUAUGCACAAUGAAAAUGCUAACAUGCACGCACAUACACACGCACACAAGCAAAGUGUACAUUCAUACAAGUGUACAAACAUAAAUGCAUACCCCCGUUGCACUUCUCCGUUAACCGCUUUAUCUUGCUCGCAUUAAUGGCCUUGGGAUUGAUGUUCAGUAAAAUCCAGUGGAGGAUGUGUCAAGUCAGCAUAUAGAGGGACCUCUUCAGCUUUUAAGCUCUCUUCAUUUUCAUGGUCAGUGUCAACUUAUCCCCAUCCAUCCCCCUACCCCUCUAUCUACAAACAUACUGAUUUCAAGUUUUGGAAGGGAUGUUAUUUCUUGAUUUUAAUCAGCAUUUUUUUUUUGUUUGUUUUUGUGGAAUUGGCGGGGAGUUUUUGUGUGUGUGUAAAAGAUUCAUUGUGUAUUGUCAGGUGAUUUUUGGAUUGGGUGAGCAGCUUAAAAAACAAGGUUGUUGGUUGAAUUUUUUUUUUUUUUUUUAAUUUAUAAAACACAGAAAAGGGACGAGAUCACUCAGUCCUGCCCCGUUUUCCAGCCAGUCUGAGGGAGAGUUAUUCUUAGUUAAACCUCUGUGGAUGUGUCCAGUAACGGACAAAAGUUUUAAGCUUGAUAACACACUAAAAUGUGCAUGUUGACACAAUACCCUUUUAGUGCAAUGUGGUUACACUCUGCGUUGUUUUCAUUGUGUUCUAGAUGGACUGUCUUUGUAUUUUUUAACUUCCCCUCCCAGCCUUUUUUUUUUUCUUUUCUUUUUUUCUGUUGGACUGCAUAUACUUUGAGAGUUAUGAGAAUGCUGCUGUGAAUAAAGUAAAAAUGGGUAAUAUAAAUAAAUUUUUUUGAGAACA